AUGAAAUCAAAACAAUCAUCCUCUGUCGAUACUAGUGGAUCAAUAUCUGAUUUUUCCCCUGGAGCAUCAAUCAGAUCUGGAUAGGUGCCUUAACUCACAAAAUUAGAAGAACUAGCUUCUGCAAUAGAAUAAAUCUCAUAAGAGCAAGAGAAUUCAAAGGAAAUUGAAAAUCCAGAAGAAUUGUUUUCUCCCUUAGAAUUCAAACUAGAUUUAAGCAUGAUUCCUCAGACGACUGUGAAAACUGAGGAAUUUUAUAAUUUAGUUCUUUAACAUUAUUUGGAAAAAUAAUAAAAGCCAACACAAUUCUUAACUAAAGAUAACAAGGGAUAUGAUGGUGAAGAGAGAAUGAGAUUUCUAAAUUGGUUAAUUGAGAUCACAAAUUCAUACAAAAUGAAUUAUUCUACAUUCUUCAUAAUUUGUUCCAUUUUAGAUGAAUUUUAAAAAAAAACUCAAAAGUAUGAUUGUUUAUAAUACCUAUAGAAUAACAAGAGAUAACCUAUACCUUACUGGUCUUAGCUGUAUGUAUUUGGCAUCAAAAUUUAAUGAUGUGAUACCAUUAAGAAUAGAUUAAGCAAUCUACAUCUCUCACGAUAGAUUCGAUCGAAAUAAGAUUUUUAAGAAAGAACUAGAAAUUUUUGAAUGCUUGGAUCAUCAACUUAAUUUUUCUAAUAGUUUUUUGUUUUUAACUUUGUUGCUGAGACUCUAUUUAAGUAAAGUUAAAGAUAAAGGAGAUGAUAUCAUUGAGAUAGCAUAUUUUACAUUGAAAGUGUGCUGUUUUGAUUACGGACUGCAGAGUAAAUAUACUCAAAGUUUGAUAUCUGCGGGUUGUCUAACUUAUGCUUUGAUGCUGGUAAAUUCAGAUAACCAAGGAAGAGUGAAGGGACAUAUCAUUACAUCACUUGUACAUAUUAUAAUAAUGUUAAUAGUUGCAUUUGCUAGAAAAUUCGAACGUUGUUAAGGAUGAAUAAAUAUUAUCUGUGGGUGAAGAUAUAGAAGGAUUGAUGGAAAGAUACUUUAUUGAUACUGAAUUUAGAGGGAAAAUUAAAAAUUUAAUUGAUUAUAACUUAAUCUAAACAAAUUUAGUGAAAUCCUACCUUGAAAUUAAAAAUUAGGACCUAUGA